AUGGCCAUACCACAACUACUAGAUGGCGCAGUGAUUGAACAAAAUCAGCUCAUGGAUGAAGGCCAGCUAGGUGAAGCUAACCCAGAGCAAGGCAGAGGUGAUGCUGUGGGCAGAGGAAAGCAUUUGGAAGAGUUUGCAGCCACACUACAAUUCCCUUUGGAUGAAGGUGCACACACCUGCAAUCAGAGACUCUGUCCCAUCCUGGCGAACAGUGACCUGGCCUCAGUUAUUCAUGCCUUUGUCAUCUCUGGACCACAGCAAUGGCUGGACCACAGCAAUGCAGUGUGUCUGGGCAUGAAGCCUUCAGUGCCUAGCAAACUCCAGCUGAUUUCUGGAGGCUUGUGCGAAAAGGGCUAUGAUUGGGACAUGCUGCAGUGCAGACCUAAGAUAAAGGAGCUGAGGCAUGCGUACCAUAAGCCGAAGGAGGCAAACUGUCGUUCCGGUGCUGCACCCAAGAUCUGCCAGUUCUACAAGGAUUUGGGUGUUGUCCUCAGUGGCGACUGCACCUCUACCGCCAAGAGCCCUGUGAAUACUUCAGCAGGCCUGGAGGCAGCAGAAAGAGGACCUAACCUGGAGGACGAAGUCAUCGAUGAAGAGGUGGAGUUAGACAACGAUUUGGAGCUCCCAGUGGGGUCGCCCAGUGGGGCAGACAGCCAGGAACUGUUCACCACUCCCGAGGUGUCUAGCCAGUCUCAGCAGUUGCUCUCUGGCGAGCAAGAAGCAGGAGAGGAGACGCCUGCUGGAAAAUAUGGAUCAUUUUGUAAUAAGAAAAAGAAGUUUGGAAACACAACCAUCAAAUCCAUCAACAUCUGCGAAAGUGUAAGUACGCCAUGCACAACAGAAAAUUCUAGCAGUAAAAAUGAACAGGCUGCUUCCACCUCAUCUGAACAGCCAACUAAAAAGAAAAAAUCAUGUCUGAGGAAGUACAGUAUUGAUUUCUUGAAAUAUGGCUUCAUCAGUUGUGCUAAAGCAAACCAAGAACCAAAGCUCCAAUGUGUUAUUUGCACCAAAGUGCUUGCAAACGAGAGUUUAAAGCCGUCAAAGUUGAGGAGACAUUUAGAAACAAAACAUACAGAACUCAUGGAUAAACCAUUGGGCUAUUUUCAAAGGAAGCAAUGGGAACUUAACUUAUCAGGUCAGGUUCUCAGCAGGUCAACCACCUUGAAUGAUAAAGCACAACUGGCAUCGUAUUUGGUUUCAUAUCAUGUGGCAAAAGCGAAAAUGGCCCAUACAGUUGCUGAAAAAGUUAUUCUUCCAGCAUCUGUGGAUAUGGUGUUGACAAUUUUUGUGGAGAAGUCUGCUGAAAAAUUGAAAAGUAUUCCUCUCAGUGAUAACACAGUGUCUCAGCGAAUACAUGAUAUUGCAGAGAAUUUGGAAGCUCAACUUGUAGCGUGGUUACAGUCAGUCGGGGAUUUUGCUAUACAACUUGACGAAAGUACUGCUAUUUCGGAUUGCGCAAUGCUGUUAGUUUAUGCAAGGUACGUAUGGCAAGAUGAUUUUAAGGAGGAUUUGCUGUGUUGUCUGACCCUACCAACAAAUACAAUGGGGACACAGCUAUUUGACGCACUGAAUGACUGCAUAGUUGGAAAAUACAAACUGGAAUGGGAUAUGAAAGGAAUAACAAGUGACGGUGCAGCAAAUAUGACUGGAAAGAACAGAGUUGUGAAAAAAAUCUGUGAGGCAGCUGGCAAUGACAUUGUUUGGAAUCGUUUCAUUCACCGCGAAGCUUUGGCGUCCAGGAGUAUUCCUUCUGAUCUUAUGGCAGUACUGAAGGAAGCAGUCAAAAUCAUAAACUUCAUUAAAGGGAGCUCACUUAACAGCAGGCUUUUAGAAGUGCUAUGCUCAGACAUGGGAGCAGAACACAUGCAUUUACUGUUUCACACUGAAGUAAGGUGGCUGUCAUGGGGCAGAGUGCUUCCCAGGGCGUACAAACUCAGGAAAGAGAUUCAUGUUUUUUUGGUGGUGAAAGUGUCUAACUUGGCAACUUUGUUUGAUGAUGACAGUUGGUUAAUAAAGUUGUCAUAUCUUGCUGACAUUUUCUCGAUUUUAAAUGAACUACACUUGAAGUUACAAAGAAGAUUCAAUGAUUGGUUUCGACAUUGUGAAGAGAUACAUGUAAAAAAGUCAUUGGCACUGUGGCAAGCACGUCUGAAAAGUAAUCAGCCCAGCUACUACAUUCCAACACUAUUACAACACAUUGAGGAGAACAACACCAGUGAGGAAAAAGUGAAUGAAAUGAAAACUAUUAUACAGUUGCAUCUCGCUGCUCCAUCUGAUAGUUUUAGUCGCUAUUUCCCAAUAAAGGACUUUGAAUAUUUGAAUGAAAAAUGCUGGGUGAAAGAUCCUUUUGCUUUCAAAAAUGAGGCAACAAUGGAGCUAAAUCUGACACCUGAGCAAGAGAAUGAACUGCUGCAUCUCACCUGUGAUAACACUCUGAAAACAAGGUACAAGUCAAUAAACUUGUCAUCAUCCAAAGAAAAUCCACUGCUAAGUAAAGUAAGUGUGCUCUUGUUGCUGCCUUUCACAACAACCUACAUGUGUGAAGUGGGAUUUUCAACUAUGACAAGACUGAAAACCAAAGAAGGGAACCGACUGAACAGUGGAUCUGAUAUGCGGGUAGCCCUUUCAUCCUGUGAUUCUGACUGGAACGAGAUCAUGAUGAACAAACAGGCUCACUAG